AUUGCAGCCCAGCAUCUCAAGGUCGAGGAAAAAACCGUUAGAAAGUUUCUCGUACUUGUGCCAGGCAGACAUCGUCAAUCAGAGCUCAAUAAUCUUAGUUGAAAUUUCGUAAAUUUAAACUUUUUCUACUUCAGAAUUGUUUUCUUCUUACUUCAACACGAAGAAUCAAGUUCAUCUCCCAGCAUUUUGAAGACUGCUUCCAAUUAAUCUUCCACAUAGCUAUAGCUGGGAUUUGUUCCUACUGAAUGUUUGUUUCUUCUAACGACAACAAGGAGAAUCAAGUACAUUUCCCACGGUAUUUCGUAUUUGAAGACUACUUCCAAUUGAUCUUCCAUCUAGCUGGCAUUUGUUUUAUUAUUCCAUCAAAUCAGCAGUACUGACUACAGACCGUCUGACCAACCCAAAGCACGGAAGAAAAUGAGUUCUAAAAGGAAAGCUGAUGAAGAUGUGACACCUGAAUGUCAUGAUCAUGGGAAUCCCCCUAAGAAAAGGAAGAAUGAUGUUGAUUCUCUUCUGCUUGAAGUUGAAAACCAGAAUGUGGCUUACUUGAAGUAUUUGGUUGAACAAGGAACUGGCAACUUCCCGUUGAGUGAACAGUGGAGAUUAGUAUUCAUUCCUGCCCUAUCUGACACCACUAUUUCAGACCAGAUCUUUCAUAUCCUCAAGAAGAAGUACCCAGACAUCGACCUCAUGAAAAAAGAAGAGAAAACAAAAAAUCCAGAUUGUAUGAUUCUACCACAGGAUGCUGAUACAGAGCAGCUCAUUGAAGUACUGGAGCUGGUCGGCGCUGCGUGUGUUUUUUAUGGGAACGCAAAAGAUCGAAGAUACGGCUGGAGCUUCUGGUAUAAAGCCACGAAUCUGCGAGAAGGCAAUGCCAUUCCGAAGUCUACUUUUCUUCAAUCUGAAAACCUAAAACUUGCUAUGAGGAAAAAACUUGAAUUCCAAACUGUUCAAGAAUUGGAAGAUUUGUUACGGCAGAGGCGAACGCACUGGGCGACUCAAGCAAUCUUCACUUCUCUACGUAUUUCGAAGAAGUGUGACUGCUAUCAGAAAAGAUUCGUUGUCUACAAUUUGUUCAAAUUCGCUCUUCAAGGAUGGGGGGACCGCAAUGUCCCUCGGCCCCGCGCUUUCGCCAUAUCCCUCACCCUUUUUGAGCUCUUCGGUAAAACAAAAUUUUUUGACGAACUAGUGAAAAAUGAAACGAACUUGGAAGAUGUGGUCCACUCAACGUUCACCGAAUUCUUCAACACCCUGAGGGACCCAGUCAAGAAUCAAACAGAACUGGCUGCAGUAUUGACAUACGAAAAUUUGAUGACUUCUCUGGUUUUCUCUUUCGUAUACCAGGUGAAAGUUCACGAUGACGCUCGAAAUGAUCAAAUCAAAACCAAAGAUUAUACGAUCAAAUCAAAAGCCGACAAGCUUGAAGAAAUUUCACAGCUGAUUCUUCUUAUUCUCAAACUGCUGGUGUCAAUUCCGAAAUCGAAGAGUGAAAGCAAGCGAUUGAAGAUUCAGCUAGAAGUGUACAUCAACAUCUUUGAACUCAAGCGGGUAUCUCAAAAACCGAACCUCUUGCUUAGAGUAUGCACGUCGCACCAAGGAACACCCAACGAGUUCAAGCUGAUCAAGUUGUUGCUGAAAGCAGGAGCGGAUCCCAACGCUGUAGAUCAACAACGCUGCAGCCCUCUUCAUCUGCUGGCAGACUGUGAACAUUUCUCCUCUCGUAUGUGGGACGAUCCUUCGUAUUCUACUCGUGCUGAAAACUUCACUUCGAUCGUUCGACUUAUCUUGCAUGAAAGAUUUCAUGACGAACAAGUUAAUUUAAGUGGCCAAUCAGCAUUGGAGCGUAUUCAAGCUCUUCUUUCGCGGUAUCCAAAUGCCGAAUUAAGCCGACUGGUAGUCAAUUUCUCGCAGGGUGUUCGUCCGUUAUCUUGCAUCGCAGCGAAAGAAGCUCGAAGGAAUCAACUCCCCUGUGAAGGGUUACCUAUGACCGUUCAGUCUAUGGUUUUGCAGCACUAGUUCGUUUCGAUACUGAAUUAAAUUGUUUUCCUUUUUGGCGUCUACACUAACUUCCGAAAUUUGUCGUAUUGUUACUUGUCUUUCGUUUGCAUCGAAUAACAACCUUUGCUUGUGAAUAAAUAGAACGCGUUAAUAACUUA